AUGUCGUCGUCUGACAAGAAACCGUUGAUUCCGUCGUCACAUAUCACCGUCAAAGUUAAAAAUCAGGACGACAUAUGUGUGUACUUCCGGAUUAAGAGGGACGUCGAGCUUCGUAAGAUGAUGCAUGCAUACUCUGACAAAGUUGGAGUAGAAAUGUCUACUCUAAGGUUUCUCUUCGAUGGAAAUAGGAUCAAACUCAAUCAAACUCCCAACGAGCUUGGGCUUGAAGACGAAGACGAAAUAGAAGCAUUUGGUGAACAACUAGGAGGGUUCAGCUUCUUUCAUCGCCAUUAA